GUGGUGUCAGAGGAGGAGCAGCGGGACAGCGGGAGCGAGCAGCGGGGCGACGAGGAUGACAUCCCCCUGGGGCCCCAGUCUAACAUCAGCCUCUUGGAUCAGCACCAGCACCUCAAAGAGAAGGCGGAAGCUCGGAAGGAGUCAGCCAAGGAGAAGCAGCUGAAGGAGGAAGAGAAGAUCCUGGAGAGUGUGGCACAGGGACGAGCUUUGAUGUCAGUGAAGGAGAUGGCAAAGGGCAUCACGUAUGAUGAUCCCAUUAAAACCAGCUGGAGAGCACCUCGUUACAUCCUGGGCAUGUCAGAAGCACGACAUGAUCGCGUGCGCAAGAAGUACCACAUCCUUGUGGAGGGAGAGGGCAUCCCCCCUCCCAUCAAGAGCUUCAAGGAGAUGAAGUUUCCAGCAGCUAUCCUCAGGGGCCUGAAGAAAAAAGGAAUCCAGCAGCCAACACCCAUACAGAUCCAAGGCAUCCCCACCAUCCUCUCAGGAAGGGAUAUGAUUGGCAUUGCGUUCACUGGCUCUGGGAAGACCUUGGUGUUCACCCUUCCCGUUAUCAUGUUCUGCCUGGAACAGGAGAAGAGACUGCCAUUUUCCAAACGAGAGGGCCCCUAUGGACUCAUCAUCUGUCCCUCUCGAGAGCUGGCCCGGCAGACCCACGGCAUCAUAGAAUAUUACUGCCGCCUGCUGCAGGAGGACGGGCUGCCCCCGCUGCGCUGUGCCCUCUGCAUUGGGGGCAUGUCUGUCAAGGAGCAGAUGGAGACGAUCAAACAUGGUGUACAUAUGAUGGUGGCAACCCCUGGCCGCCUCAUGGACUUGCUGCAGAAGAAGAUGGUGAGCUUGGACAUCUGCCGGUACUUGGCCUUGGAUGAGGCUGACAGGAUGAUCGAUAUGGGCUUUGAGGGAGACAUCCGUACCAUCUUCUCCUAUUUCAAGGGCCAGCGGCAGACCCUUCUCUUCAGUGCCACAAUGCCCAAGAAGAUCCAGAACUUUGCCAAGAGCGCCCUAGUGAAGCCCAUCACUAUCAACGUUGGGCGAGCAGGUGCUGCCAGCCUGGAUGUUGUGCAGGAAGUGGAGUAUGUGAAGGAGGAGGCGAAGAUGGUGUACCUGCUCGAGUGCCUGCAGAAGACCCCACCACCUGUGCUGAUCUUUGCGGAGAAGAAGGCAGAUGUUGAUGCAAUCCAUGAGUACCUGCUGCUCAAGGGUGUGGAAGCUGUGGCCAUCCAUGGAGGGAAAGAUCAGGAGGAGCGGACAAAAGCCAUCGAGGCCUUCCGGGAUGGGAAGAAGGAUGUCCUGGUUGCCACUGACGUAGCUUCCAAAGGCCUGGACUUCCCAGCUAUCCAGCAUGUCAUCAACUAUGACAUGCCAGAGGAGAUUGAGAACUACGUUCACCGUAUUGGGCGUACAGGCCGCUCAGGCAACACUGGCAUUGCUACCACCUUCAUCAACAAGGCCUGUGAUGAGUCAGUGCUCAUGGACCUGAAGGCUCUGCUCUUGGAGGCGAAGCAGAAGGUGCCUCCUGUGCUCCAGGUGUUGCACUGUGGGGAUGAGACCAUGCUGGACAUCGGAGAUGAACGGGGCUGUGCCUUCUGCGGUGGCCUGGGCCAUCGCAUCACUGACUGCCCCAAGCUGGAGGCGAUGCAGACGAAGCAAGUCAGCAACAUCGGCCGCAAAGACUACCUGGCUCACAGCUCCAUGGACUUCUAGCCUGGGGAUGCUGCUGCCCAGUGCUGCCUCCACCGAGGCUGGGAGAGAGGGCCGAGCUUUGACUCUCUUUGGGCAAACAGCGCUGUCCCCCCUGCAGCUGCCCUCAUUUCCCAAAGCCCAGACCAGCCCGGACUGCAGGCCUGUCCUGCACCGCUGUGGCUCCUUUUCAAAGCAUUUGGGCACUGGGGACUGUUGCCCGCUCAGCCUGCUGAAGCUCCUGCUCUAGGAGGAAAUGUGAGGAGCUGUGCUGCAACAGCCCAUUACAUCAGCGGCAUGUUGAUGUGAAGCAUUGGGCAAGCGGGUAGUGGUGCCUGUGGGGUGGCUGCUCUGUGGCCAGCUGUCUGCAGCCCCUACUCAGCUUCCCCGUGGUGGCAUGGCUGGGGUCUGGCAUUGCUCUCCUCCAAAGCCCCUGGAUUCCUCUGGGACUGUUCCCCCGCAGCUCGUGUUGUGCACUCUCAGCUGGUGGCUGCCUCCUUUCUGCUGUGCUCUGACCAGGGCAGUUUCUGUUACCCGCAACUGUGCCCUGAUGCAGCCAGGGCAGGGCAGAGCAUGCUGUGCUCAUGUCAGGCAGGCCCCUAGGAGCUUCCUUUGCUCUUGCUGCAUGUGUUCUGCCCCACUGCCCUCCUGUGAGGGGGAGGGAGGAUGGACACCUCCUGUGGCCCAGCCUGCCCCUCAUCCCACACAGCAAAAAGGGGAAGUCGCUGAGAAAAGGAAGUCUGCCCCAUUUAGUUGCUUCAGCUGCAGCAGUCACACUUCUCUGCUGCUGAUGGUCUGAGUCCCAGAUCCUUGCACUGGCUGCCAGGGCAGUGCUGUGCCCAUGGAGAGACCUGUGAAGGAUGGGAUCCUCUAUGUGCAACACAGCAAAUUUGGAAAGGUAAAAGGUGGAGGGUGGGUUUGGGGUGGGUUGUAGAGCUCUGUCUUGCCCUGUUCUGCCUUGAUGCUAGACCCUGGGGGAGGCCCUGACCGGAUGGGGAAUACUGGGUCCUCCACAGCUUCGGCAGGGGAACGACAGAGCCAGACCCCUUGGGUAGGGCAGAGAGGGCCCUGGCCUCUGUAGCUGUAACGGAGUGGGGCAAGGUGGCUCUCCCCACAGCUGAGGGGACUCCCCCGAGCAGGCCUCUGCUCACACUGACCCCCAUGUACAGGGUCUGUCCCCUUGCCUGAUCGCCACGCGAUUCGCGAUGAAACAAUAAACGUGUGUUAAUGA